AAAACGAAACUCAGAGUCUCUCUCUCUCUCUCUCUCUCUCUCUCUCAGUGUGUGAGUGCAGGAACAUGGCAGAAUCCAGUAUUUCAGUAGAUCAGUUUUCAGCAGAUCAGUUCAGCUGUCCAGUGUGUCUGGAUCUCCUGAAGGAUCCAGUAGCUAUUCUCUGUGGACACAGUUUCUGUAAGGUGUGUAUUAAUGGCUUCUGGGAUCAGGAGGAUGUGAAGGGCGUCUACAGCUGUCCCCAGUGUAGAGAGACUUUCACUCCAAGGCCUGUUCUACGCAGGAACAACAUGCUGGCUGAAGUGGUGGAGAGACUGAAGAAGACUGAACUCCACGCUGCUUCUCCUGCUCACUGUUACGCUGGACCUGGAGAUGUGGAGUGUGAUUUCUGCACCGGGAGAAAACACAAAGCCGUCAAGUCCUGUCUGGUGUGUCUGGCCUCCUUUUGUGAAGAUCAUCUUAAACCUCACUUUCAGUCUCCUGCCUUUAAGAAGCACAAGUUAGUGGAAGCCUGUGCAGAGCUCCAAGAGAAGAUCUGCUCUCAGCACGACAAACUGAUCGAGAUCUUCUGUCGUACUGACCAAAGCUUCAUCUGUUAUUUGUGUUCGAUGGAUGAACAUAAAGGUCAUGAUACGGUUUCAACUAAAGCAGAAAGAAUGAAAAAACAGAAUGAGCUACAGGAGGAGCAGAUGAAAUCCCAGCAGAGGAUCCAGGAGAAGCAGGAGAAGGUGCAGGAGCUGAAACAGACUGUGGACACUAUUAAGAUGCGUUCACAGGCAGCAGUAGAUGAGAGUGAGAAGAUCUUUACUGAGAUGAUCAGCUCCAUGGAGAAAAAGCGCUCGGAGGUGAAGGAGAUGAUCAGAGCUCAGGAGAAAGCUGAUCUGAGUCGAGCUGAACGACUCCUGAAGCAACUGGAGCAGGAGAUUGCUGAUCUUAAGAGGAGAGUCACUGAGCUGGAGCAGCUUUCACACACACACGAUCACAUCCACUUCCUCCAGAGUUUCCCGUCUCUCUGUGUUUCUCCUGGAUCUGAGGACUCAUCCAGCUUCACUGUCCAUCAACAUCUUUCAUUUGAUGGAGUGAGGAAAUCUCUCUCAGAUCUGAAAAAACGAGUGGAGGAAAUCUGUGAGGAGGAAUUCAACAAAAUCCGUCCACAAGUUGCAGCAGUUCAGAUGAUUUUACUCUCAGAACCAGAAUACAGAGAAGAUUUUCUGCAGUAUUUCUGUGAUCUGACUCUGGAUCCCAACACAGUAAAUCAUCUCCUCAUUCUGUCUGAGAAGAACAGAGCGGUGAAGCGCAGUGAGAGAAAACAGCGAUACUCUGAUCAUCCAGAGAGAUUUAACUCCUUGUAUCAGGUGUUGUGUAAGGAGAGUGUGUGUGGACGCUGUUACUGGGAGGUGGAGUGGAGCGGUGUUGUGUACAUAUCAGUCUCAUAUAAAGAGAUCAGCAGGAAAGGACGGGGUGAUGAGUGUGGGUUUGGACUCAACAGUCAGUCCUGGAGUCUGUGGUGUUCUUCUUCCUCUGUCUCUUUCUUCCACAACGACACUGAGACUGAUCUCCGAGGUCCAGCGUCCUCCAGAAUAGGAGUGUAUGUGGAUCACAGUGCAGGAACUCUGUCCUUCUACAGCGUCUCUGACACGAUGAAGCUGCUCCACAGAGUCCAUACCACAUUCACUCAGCCUCUAUACGCUGGGUUUGGUAUGUGGGGUUCUGACUCGACUGUGAGGUUCUGUGAUCUGAAAUGAAAUGUUGGUAAAAGUUUUUAGUAAAAUUAUAACUGACGUGUUAGAUUUAUUUUCUCCCCGAGUUAGAAUGACACUUUUGUGUGCAGAAACUGUAACAGUUCCACAUUAUUAUUAUUAUUAUUAUUAUUAUUAUUAUUAUUAUUAUCAUCAUCAUUAUUAUUACUAUUAUUAUUAUUAAAAUGUUUUGGAUAAAUAAUUCAUACAUUAUGACGGCGGUAAAUCUAUCUAUCUCUAUAUCUAAAAGUACUGGAAAUCUCUAAAUCUCUAAAGCUAUAAAUUCAUCCUAGCAACAUGCUAUUUCAUGUGAGCAAUAUGCUAAUUCAUGCUAGCAACGUGCUAGCUACAUGCUAAAUCAUGCUAGCAACAUGCUAACUCAUGUUAGCAACAUGCUAAUUCAUGCUAGCAACAUGCUAAAUCAUGUUAGCAACAUGCUACUUCAUGGUAGCAACAUGCUAAAUCAUGCUAGCAACAUGCUAAAUCAUGUUAGCAACAUGCAAAUUCUUGCUAGCAAGAGGCUAAUUGAUGCUAGCAAUGUGCUAAACCACCCAGAACACCCUAGCAACUGCUUAGCAACACCCUAGUAACCAGCCAAAACACCCUAGCAACCACCCAUAAGACUCUAGCAACCACCAGUCUGUCUGUCUAUCUAUCUAUAUAAUUAACUGUUGUGCAUGUACAGAGGUCACAUUUUCUCCAGGAAUCUGUUCAUCAGUGGCUCAAACCCCUCCUGCAGUCUUAAAAAAAAGUGCCACAAAGAACCAAACAGGGUGUUUCAUAGUGAGGCCAUAGAAGAACCUUUUUCGGUUCUGCAAAGAACCUUUUAGUGGAUUGUUAAUUGAAGAACCAUUUUUCCUUAGUGCCACAAAAAAUCUUUUCAGGUUCUACAAAGAACCCAUUUCAAAGGUUCUUUAAAGAAGCAGUCAAAAAAAAAUGUUCUUUAUGGCACCAAUAGAUCCAAAACUGCUCAAAAUUAACUAGGAUUUUUUCUGCAAUGAAACAAAUUUUCUCAUAUACAUUGUUUAAAAAGAACUAGAGUAACAAGAUUUGAAAAGAUGAUUAUUUAUUGAAUUACAAGUCGAUCUGUGUGUGUGUGUGUGUGUGUGUGUGUGUGUGUGAGUGAGAGAGAGUGAGUAUAUAUUAAUACAUAACAUUUAACUCAUUUGAGACAAUUUUAAGAACAAUUUUAAAUAAUGCAGCAGAUCUUUUUCUUGGCAUCACAUACUUAUGUCAACCUUAAUAUGCGUUUCA